AUGUUGUACACUAAGAAAAAGAAGAGCAAGUUAACGCUAAGGAAGCUCGCCAAACAACCGUACAUUGGUGUUAUUGAGACAACGAUGUUAUAUCGUUCCGCUGACGAUCCAAAGGAGCGCUUGAUAUCGGUAUUUACUUUGUUUGUGGAAGAGCCAUCAAGGCACUUGAUUCUGAUCCGAUUCUAUGAAGAUUUUGAAGAGUUUGAUAAAAGAAUUAAGUGUUACUACAAAAAGUGCAAGAUCUCUCUACCGAAAUUACGACAAGAUCAGGAACAGCAUGCAGUUGCCACGAGUAAUGUGUCGCGGAGAAGCAGCAUUAGUAGUAACCAUAGCAACCAUAGCAACGGCAGCUUCCGUCAAAAGCUGCUCUACAACUUUUCAAGGAAAUCAAAGCACCUGCUCAUCAGAAAAAGUAAUUCAGAUAAUAUCGAACGCUACUUACGUCAUUGUGUGAACGAUUUAAGCAUUCAGUCGUGCUCCCUCUUCAAAGAGUUCCUUCAGCCUCAAAGGGAUGAGGAUAAUGUUAUACCAAAAGAGAUGGUGCAAUCUUUUGUAGAAGAACAACACGUGUCUCUACUGAAUGCUAUUGACAACAGCAGCAACAAUAGCUUGAGUCAGCAUAGAGACAUUGUUAGUACAUGCGGUCCAACUCCACCACCCGAUAAACAACAACAGUUAACGCCACCGCCAGAGCAUGACAACGCAUCAUUUUUAUCCUACUCAUCAUUCUCUAUCCCACCUCCACCAUCACAACCACCUCAAUCUUCAAUACCGCCACAGAGGGACUUGUCAGACACAAGUGAUAUCACAUCUUCAUCAUUUUCUUCUGAUAUUCCUGUUACAAUACAAGACUUUCAGCUCAUUAAGGUUAUUGGAAGAGGUUGCAUGGGCAAAGUACUUUUGGUCCGACAUCGAAGUUCCUCUCGUUUAUUAGCAUUGAAGGCGAUUAGUAAGAAGGCUGUUGUUGAGCAAAGCCAAAUCGUUCAUAUUAAAGCAGAGCAACAAAUCUUGGCCGACAUUGCAUCUAUUCAUCACCCCUUUCUGAUCAAAUUACACUACUCUUUUCAAGACAUGAACCAGCUCUUUCUUGUGCUAGACUAUCAUGUCGGAGGUGACCUGGCAACUCAACUUCGGAUUAACCACAGUUUACCACCUGAUAGAUGCAGGUUCUACACCGCGGAGAUCAUACUAGGCAUACAGGAACUACAUCGCUUGGGCAUCCUAUACAGAGAUUUGAAGCCUGAAAACAUCCUACUCACUGCUGAUGGUCAUCUGGUAUUGACCGAUUUUGGACUCUCAAAGCAAUUCUAUGAUGGGCUGAGUUUGGAGGAACAGAGGACAGAUACAUUCUGUGGUACAGCUGAAUACUUGGCACCUGAAAUAUUAAACGAGCAACCUUAUUCUUACGAAGUUGAUUACUGGAGUAUGGGAACCAUUUUAUUCGAAAUGCUGACAGGAAUCACACCGUUUUGGGCAGAGAAUCGGGACGACAUGUACAAGCGUAUUCGACAAGAUCCUCUUCAGUUUCCUGAGUUCAUCGACAUCGAAACAGCCGACUUUAUUGCACGUUUGCUGAAGCGAGACCCGAAAAGACGACUUGGAAGUGGCCCUGACGGACCUAUCCGAGUGCGUUCCGAUCCGUAUUUUGAAUUUAUUGAUUGGAACUUGAUUUACACAAAACGAAUCAGACCACCCUACAUACCAAACUUGUACUCAGAGACUGAUUUUAGUCACUUUGAUAGUGAAUUCCUGCGGUUAACACCAAGGCUAUCACCUGUUGGAAGCGAUUACAUGCUGAGCCAAAGUUUGGAUCGCGCUUUUGAAGGAUACUCGUACACCAAUCGCGAAGAUACUGGAUUCGACUCGCCUCCAUCUGAACUAUACAGUAUGUCAGAACCACCUCCGCCUGUUACUUUGUUGGACACUGCCAUGGGAUCUCUGGACGAAGGCGCUGGAGAUAGAGGCACUCGAUAUUUUGUAUAUAAUGGAAGCGAUGAUGUGAUACCCUAUGAUGAUUAUGCUGACAGCAUCGUCAGCAGCAGCGACGACAUUCGAUCCAUCGAUUUUGUUCGACAUCAAAGCAAUAGUUUUCAGCGAUACAGUGGCGAUGGCGAGGAGGAUGAUGUAGAUACGUAUUAUCCUCCUAGACCGGCUAGGCCUGUUACUAGAAGUAAUGUAUCAGUUACACCACCACCACCUUCAAUUUCGACGGAUACUGCAGCGGUACCGACAACACUACAUGAUCAGGCUAAUUUAGAUAAUUCCUCUUCAUCAAUCUAA